AUAAUGUCUUAUUGUGUGAACGUAUGAUAACUGUACCAAAGUGUUUGUUACGGAGUGAUAUCAUUUUUAAGUUUGAGAAAUUGUCUGAUAUAUUAUCACCUAAGAAAGUGAAUGGUUCGCGGGGUCUCUCUAUGACGCACCGUGGAAUCCGAUUAAUAUCGCUCGCUAUGUAAACCGGAAAGAAUCCGGUUGUAAACUGGCCGUAAUCUCGGUGUUAGGAGACAGAAGGUCCCAGUGGAAUGGAACCAGCAUUUCCGUGCUAGGAUAAAUAAAGGAUGCAAAGAUAAAGUCGUACGAGAGGAUCGAUUCCGUUUGUGUCUUGAGGUUUUUUUACUGUUCAUUGAAAUCGGGGCCGCCUGGAAAAAUGUCUCUGCUAUUGAAUAAAGCCGGGCAGCCACUUUCGCGGCAGAUUUUUCAACAGCAGAAACGAUUCCGCAGCAAGAUAAAUAUUCAGAGGCCACGAGCACCCCAUUACGAAAGGGCGAAGGCACUGGAAUUUAUGACGCCUUUCUUCUCCGAUCCUAAAGCGAACAAAUCACCAAUUGAGUUGUGUGGUCUUAAUAAAAAAUACGAAAAGAUGCAGAAGGUCGAAGUAAAUCCUUACAAGGAUUUUCUUGCACGGGAAUGUCUCAAUUGGUUCAGGAGUUCCAGGAUGGUUGGAUUCUUUCAUGAGAAUUCUAUGACUAUGGAUGAUAAAUUCGAAUUUGCCGUUCCACUUAAGAAACAGAAUAUCUAUAUUAGAUUCUAUAGCAGUCCAGUAGUAAGAGCUGCUGUCACUAAUACAGAAUACGAGGCUAUCAUUCCACUGUAUUGUAGUAAAGUUCUUACGGUCUUUAGUCCUGAUUGUAACGUAACAAAAAUGCACAAGAUAUCAAGAAAGUUUCCACAGUUAAUUCUGAUGGCUGGCAUACUAGACGGACAUUUACUGAAUCGUAAUGAAUUCUUGGAAUAUGGAAAAAUGAGUUUAACAUCUGCUCGCGUUGGUCUGGUACAAACGUUACAGAACGCUGGUGGAAUUAAUUUGAAUCAACAAUUGACGCAUCACCAAUCAACAUUAGUAACACGCUUAGGACAGAUCGGUACAAGUGAAACAGUCAUCGAAGAGAGCGACAAGUAAACUUCAGCUGUGUGACUGUCAAAUAUAUAAAUUUAUUCUGUUACAAAUAGACUCGUCUGAAGCUUAAAGUAAAUGAAAGUCGUAUCAUCAGAUACAACCGAUAAGAAUUAAUGAAGAACCACUGUAAAAUUACUCGAAAAGAUUAUUCGUUUAUUUUGAGCAAAAGCAGACAAAUCUUAAGCGCGCUUAUUCGUUAGUUUAUCGAGUUUACUUCAAUUCUUGUAAAUAGUAUUCGCAUUAAUGACAGUAAUUACAACGGGGAUGACACUUAACCCCAUUCUCGCCACA